CAGCGGGAGCUCGGAUCACCCCGGGCUGGGCUGGGCCUGGCUGCUCCACCCAGACACACUCCGAACCCCGCAGAAAGGAAGCAGAGUUCGGCUGCGGAGCUGCGGAUGUUGACGGGAGGAAAUGCUGCGGAGCUCCGACCUAACCCGGGAUCCACACCAGCAGCUGGAGGCUUAAAGUGAACCGGUGGCGGGCUUGUGUUGACCAUCCGUCGGAAUGUUCCGGAGCUGAGGCGGCUGAUGAAGAUGGCUUCGGUUCGGAUGGCCGCUGAAGUUGGGACGGGACUUUGGAGAAGUCUUCAGCGUUUUCAGGGCGGUUUCGCAGCUUUGCGUCCGGUUUCAGUUCUUCACAAGGUUCAUCCACGACAUCCGUCACUGCAAAACUGUCCAGCUUUCUUCUCCAGUGCUCCCUCUAGUGACUUGUCUCUGAAGCACAAACAUGGCCGCCUGGUUCUGGAGGUGCCGUUGCCGUCCAGGAACGAGAACUGUCUGUUCUUCCUGCGGCCCAUGCUGAUGACGGUGGGAGACCUGAUCGCCGAUCUGAAGAGAGAGGACUCCGGAGCCGCGGCCUCCCUUCUCUCUGCAGACGGGCAACGUGUUGCCAACACGACGCUGUUGGACGCCCUGCUAGAGACGGACUUCCAACUCGUCAUCAACAAUCAAGUUUACAAUGUCAGCGCACCUGAGAAAGUGAUCACCUCCAGUGAGCAUGCCAGGGACAUGGAGGACAUGAAGCACGUGGUGCAUCUCCUGCACGCAGCGCUGCACCUGCCUGAGCACCACCUGCUGCAGGAGCGCCAGCUGCUGGAGAGGAUGGACAACAUCAAGCAGGAGCUGUCGCCUCUGGAGCAGAUGAAGGCGAAGCUGAGCCGGACGGCGGAGUUUCACACCUCCAGGGCUCUCUGGACCGGCAUGGCGCUGCUGUCUGUGCAGGGCGGCGCCCUGGGCUGGCUCACCUGGUGGGUGUAUUCAUGGGACGUCAUGGAGCCUGUCACGUACUUCAUCACCUACGCCACCAGCAUGGCCGCCUUCGCCUACUACAUCCUCACCAAGCAGGAUUACGUUUAUCCAGACGCGAAGGACCGACAGUUUCUACGUUACUUUUAUAAAGGCGCCAAGAAGAAGCAGUUCAACGUGGAAAAAUACAACAAACUGAAGGAUGAACUCGAACAGGUGGAAGAGGACUUGAGACGUCUGAAAUAUCCAAACCAGCUUCAGCUGCCGCUGGAACAGAUCCAGGCGAAGCCGUGAAAGACUGGAAGGACUGAGACUCAGAGACAAAUGUUUGUUUUAUGCUGAUAAUGCCAUAUUUUUACCUUAAAACAUAUAAAUCUGCAUUCUUAAUGUUAAUGCCAUAUUGUACCCCCAACAAAUUCACAAACAUUGAUAAUUAAAGUUUGCAUUUGAAACAUG